CAGAGGAAGUCGACAAGGGUGGCAACAGCCGAGCACAGCAUGUGGUGGAGAGUCUGCAGCUUGCUGGCGUGGUUCCCCUUACAAGAGGCCUUUCGGACCAACCACAUGGAAACUGUCCCUAUAGAGGAAGGCCAGACACUCACUCUAAACUGUACCGUUUCUCAGGAGACCACCUCUCUGCAGUGGCUGGCCCCCUCGGGCUUCACCAUUUUCUUCAAUGAACAACCUGCUUUAAAAAGUUCCAAAUACCAGCUUCUUCAUCACUCCUCCAAUCAGCUCUCCAUCAGCGUGCUGAAGGUAACACAGCAUGAUGAAGGCGUGUACAAGUGUCUGCACUACGGCAAGUCCGUGAGAACAAAGGAAGUGAAAGUGAUCGUGUUAGCAACUCCUGUCACGCCAACCCUGCAAGUUUCAGUUAUCAAGACGCACAACGGAGAAGAACACGUCGUACUGAAAUGCUCCACCAUGAGAAACAAGCCCCCUCCACGGAUAACCUGGCUCUUAGGGAAUGGCAUGGAGCUCUAUGGUGAAACCCACCAUGAAUAUGAAACUGAUGGGAAGAAGUGUAAUAGCACCAGCACACUGACAGUCCACUCAUAUGGCAAAAACUCAACAGCAAGCUGCAUUAUCCGACACAAAGGCCUGCAAGGAAGAAAAUUGGUAGCACCUUUUCGGUUUGCAGAUCUGGUUACUGAUCAAGAGACAACGUCAGCUGCCCUGGAGACAAGCUCUCUAUCCUCUCAAGACCCUCAGCAGCCCAAUAGCACUGUAAUGGAAGAUUCUAGUACGUCAGAGAUUGACAAGGAAGAGGAAGAACAAACCACUCAAGUCUCUCAUUUGGCCACUGAAGCAAAUCGGCAAUAUGGGGGACUGACGAAGAAGAAGAGCGGCGUCCUGCUGCUGACCCUCGUGUCCUUCCUCAUAUUCAUACUGUUUAUCAUUGUCCAGCUUUUCAUCAUGAAACUCCGGAAAGCACAUGUGAUAUGGAAGAAAGAAAGUGAGAUUUCAGAGUACACUCUAGAAAGUUACAGAUCGAGGUCAAAUAAUGAAGAAACAUCAUCCCAAGAGAAAAAUGGCCAAACUUCCCGCUCUAAGGGCUGCAUAAACUACAUCACACAGUUGUACUCGGAGGCAAAAUCAAAGACGAAGGAAAAGGCACAACCUUCAAAAUUAAAAGGAGAGCUGAGUUAUAUACCAGAAAGCAUCGUGUAGGGAGCCUUGCAACAGAAAAUAGGAUUUCAAGGCAGCCUCAUCAUCACCUCGGUGGAGCAGCCUGGGAGAAGGCGCUUAAUGACCGUCAUAUGAAAAACGUCCUUUGAGUGCAAUGCAAGAUGGCGUCCUCCAAUAGUAAACCACCCCGGGACUCAGAGCAAUAAGUGAGGACUAACCCAUGGACAUGAAGCUUUGUAGUUUAAAAGAAAUGAAUGGAACUUAUUAUUCCUGACACUACUUCAGAGCGGGAGGAUUCUACUAAGCUUUGGGAUCAGGGUCAAUGUGAUCAGCUAACAUUCUUAGUGUAAAGGAAACAGGAGAUUUUAAGAUGCUGGGCUCUAGUAGAACUACUUAAAUUUUUUUUAAUUGUUUUUAAUCUUUCUUUCUGGUUUCCAAAUAAAGAUAUUUGGGAUGAAAAGGACCCAAAGAAGGUCUCUAGUCCUAGAAGCUGACUUUCAAGACGAACUUUAAGCAGCUGUAACCAGUCAUGAAUGAGUCAGAUGAACAUGAAGGUCCCAAAGUUCAUGUCCUAAGACCUAAGGGAAGUUCAAGGCAGACCCAAAGAUUUUGUGUUCUUAGAAUUGUCUUGCUAAAUCACAAUAGUUGACCUGGUAGGCCAUAUUUUUACCAGGACACUUCGUUCCAAAAACAUGUACAAAAGAAAAUAAUGAGUUGAAUUUCCUGAUGACUAAUCUAACAGAUGCUUUUCAAAAAGUAUUUAAUAAAGAGCUGACUAUGUA